GUGGGCGGGGUCACAGGCGAGGCCCCGCGGGCCGCUGGGAGCGGAGUCCUCCGUGCUCCCGGCAAGCGGGCGGAGAGCUGGGGGCCGGGCCGAGGAGUGCGGGCUUAGCCGCAGAUGUCAUGUGGCCAGUGUUUUGGACCGUGGUGCGUACCUAUGCUCCCUAUGUCACAUUCCCUGUGGCCUUUGUGGUUGGGGCUGUGGGCUACCACCUGGAAUGGUUUAUCAGGGGAAAGGAUCCCCAGCCUGUGGAGGAGGAAAAGAGCAUCUCAGAGCGCCGGGAGGAUCGGAAGCUGGAUGAGCUGCUAGGCAAGGACCACACCCAGGUGGUGAGCCUUAAGGACAAGCUGGAAUUUGCCCCUAAAGCUGUCCUGAACAGAAACCGACCGGAGAAGAAUUAAUGGAGGACACAGGGCCCUAUGGUCCUACUGUGGGCCAUGACUGGUCCUGGCACCCUGUCGACUCAGCUGCAGAACCCACAUCCGAUUUGCUUUGUUGCUUAUUCUGGCCCAUCCCCCACCAUACAGCUACACACAUACUGGCUACUCCUUGAUGGUCAGGCAGACACAGCAGCAGCUGAGGGGCCAGUGAAGAGGAAGGCUCUUGAGGGUUCUGGCCAGAAGGCUGCAUCUGUUGCGUGGUGGCCACAGCUGCUCAGGCAUCCCAACUUAUGGGUGUACUUCCAAGAGGAGUGUUAUGAAAUGAACAUUGGCUGCCAGUCUCCAUGGAGAGGCAUUGUGGCCUCAAGUGGGAAUGGCCGGGAUUGGGUGUUGCUUUUCAGAGGGAUAUAUACAUGUCCAGUUUCAUUUUGCACUGGGAAGAAUUCAGAAAUCUACACGGCUCCCUUCACGAGUUCGCCCUAUCCUUUGUGCUCGUUCUUCCUGAAAUUCUGUCUUGUCAGCUCAGGAAUGGGAUUCCCUGGGGAAGGAAAGCAUUUCUCUGUUCUGGGAAGCCCAGGCUGCUCACUUUGGGGCAGGGAGAAACAUGUGCCUGGUGAAUUUGCUUGAAAACAAUCACCAUCUUCCACCUCCCAUCACUGUAUAAUGCAGAACUUGAUUAAAGUUGUGUUUGAGAACCA